UUAGCGAAACCGGUUGCAUGACGGUUCACGGAAGGAAGAAAAGGGAAGCAAUUCACCGGUAGCUAAGAAGCGAUCCCCAUCAGCCCAUCUUUUUUUUAACUAUAUGGGUGUUCUUAUGUAGGACUAAUAAUUAAUCUCUUACUUCAUAAAUCCGCUAUCUGUCCUGUUACAUCCACAAACAACACAAGCAUGGAUAAGGGGAGUGCGUCACUGCUGCCCGGCGUGUGCGCACUCUUAGCGGACUCCGGCAAGCCUCUGCCCGAUGACACCAGCCUGGAGAAACUUCUGGACCGACUCACCGAACUCUCUGAGGCCGACGUAUCACUUCCGGAGAGUUGCCCGUGUCUGCUUGACUUCAUCUCUACCAUGGCCUCCAACUCCACUUCCGAUCCCAGCAUCCUCUCCUUCGCCCUCAAACUCAGCGGCCUGGUGUCGGCCAACGAGGACGGCUAUGGAGCUUUGCAGGAGCGCUCGGCUCUGGAGGUCAUCUUUCGCGUUGAGCGCUGGAAGGACGCUGGGCUGUGGGAUGAUCCCUGCGUCCGAAUUGGCUGGAUUCACGGCUUCAAGAGAAUGCUGCUGCACCCGAAGGCGCUCGCUUUCUUCGUGCAGUCAGAUUUCAUCAAGCCACUCCUGCAGCUCCAGUCAGAUCCAAGCAUGUUUGUUGCUUCCGCCGCAAACCAGUUGCUGGCCCACAUCCUGCUCUCCAUUCAGCCGGAAGAAGAAGAGCGUGCAAGUAGCAAAACCAGCACAGAACACAGAGCUGUUGUCCUGCAAACGUCAGACCACAUACAGGAGUCACUGGCACCCAAAGAAGGCGCGCUACUAGCUGGUAGUCUGCAGGUCCUCAAGUUGCUGGCCCUGAUCCUGGACCAGGCCCGGCGUCCUCUACGGGACCAGCUGCUCAAGGCAGUCGCUGCCUCCCUCGAGGAGCUGGUUGAGGCGAGAUACAGUCAGCUGACACCGGCUAUAAUGGAUGUCAUUAUGGCCGCAUACAGCCCUGAGAGUGACGACGACGUCACCGGCCGUCUUCUGUCAUCCAUGUUGAACGGCAACAAAGCCGCUGACCUCGUCCACGCUGCGGCUGCGUUUCUCCACCGAGGUCGUUUACAUGAUGCUGUCGACACGAGCCGGGCAGUGAGAAUCCUCCUGUUGCCCCUGCACUUUGUCACUGAGCACCCCUUGCUAGGAACAGCCCCUGCAACAGACAACCAUCACGUAAUAAUGGCGACGCAACUGAAGACUAAAAGCACGUUCAUCUCCAUGAUCUGUGUCUGUCUGAGAAACGCCCCCCAGGUGGCACUUAUGCCUUCUGAUGUCCUCCCAUGUCCGCCGGCUGAGAUUGUCCUCUCAGUUGUUACAUUGCUAAGAAUGUGCAGUGGUGACACUCCCUCCUUCUCCUCCUCCUCCUCAUCAUCAUCCUUGCGCAAUGGCUGCCGUAGUGAGGCCUUCCGGUGUAUCGUCAGCAGUGGCAAAGUUCAGAAAUCCGCUUUGGAGGCUUUGGCUUCCCUCAGCGGCAGCCCAGGGGCUAACAACACAAUGAACGAAGUCGUGGACGUCCUGGUACAAUAUAUGAGUAACCCCGAUUCAGACCCCACUGUACUGCAAAAGUCUUACAAGGCCUUAGUGCAGUGGAUGAGUGUUUGCGCAGACCGCUCAUCUAUUCCACAGCAACUCAGAGAAGAUCUCCUAACGGCAGUGGAGAAGCGUGCAUGCGAUCCACGCUGGGAGGUGAGAGACUCCACCGUAGAGUUUUUGGGGCAGCUUCCCUGCGUCCCCUCCCUGAAAUCAGCUGACGAGGCUUUGCUGAGCGAGCGCCGUACCGCCCCACUGCUCCGGGAGGCGCUGCAGGAUCCGGAGAGCUACGUGAGAGCCAGCGCCGUCUCAGCACUGGCGCGGGGUCUCGUGCCCAGCAGGCAGCAGGGAACAGAGUUGCCUCAGGAACAGGCUGACACCGUGAGCCGCCUGUUGGAUAUUCUCCGUGAGGACACGGAGGGUUUCGCCAGGCGGGCUGUGGUCCGCUACUUCAUGGCCUGGUUCUCCUCUUGCUCCUUACCUCCUUCGUCGCUCCCCUUGCUUCUCGUGGAGUCUGUGCGCACCGUCCUCUCGCGCGGGAGCUCGGAUCUGGACUGGGAGGUGAAGGUGAACACGCUGGAGUUGGCGGAACUCCUGCUGGACGUCGCCUUCUCGGAUCACGGGAGGCGCACGGGUGCCGGUCGUCAUCCUUACGCAACACUUGACAUGCACACUAAUGGACAGGCGCAGGCCGCGGAUGCCGCUUUAGACUCGACAUUGAGUUCUUUAGUGGAUCAAUGUGUGUUCUCCGCGUUGCUGAGCAGCCUGGUGGACUGCGACCGACCCGUUGCGCUGAAGGCUUGUGAACUCCUCAUAACAAUCAGAGACACAAUCUACCUGGCGGGUGCCUCGACGAGCGACGUGUCCUGCGACCUGCCGCGACGCGGCUGGGGGAAGGAGAUCAGGAAGAUGCUGAAGAGCGAGGGAGAUGAGGGCGAGCGCGUAGGCGUGCACGAGGUCUUGACGUCACUGGGCUUAGAUGACCGCCGGGUUCUUCUAAGCCAGAGCAGUGACCACGUUCACAACUCCUUCCAGUCUCUGCUGCAGGACAUCCUGAGUGCAGGAGUCACUCUCGGGGGCCCCAACGAGGACGACGGUCAAGAAGUCAUAGUGGACUGUUACUAACUCGCAUUUACACGACUCGCAGAGAGUUCGGGAUCCGCACCGUAACGAGAACAAGCGCUCGAGAAAUUGGAUGGACCUUGUCAUUUUUGUACAUUUUGUUCAGAGCUAGUUAUAUUUAGCCAACCAAGAAAGACUUUUUUUUUUUUUUUUUUU